CCGGAAGUUGUUUUCAGCAAGCGCCGGAAGUAGCGUUUGUAUUUUUUUCCGAGGUACUCGGCUUCCGGAGAGCCUAGUCUCAGAUAAUACCGCGGUACUAGUACUCCAGUUACAGCCGGAGUACCGGCCCAGCAGCAGCAGGAUGGGUCCUGAGAGAAUCUUCCCAAACCAAAGCGAGGAUCUAGGUGACCCCCAGGAUCCCCAUGUAGACUGGAGUGGUGGUGAAGAAGAGGAGGAAGAAGACACACAGGGUGGUUACCAGUAUCAACCACUUAACCAGGACCCAGAGGAUGGAGCUCAGACAGAAAAUGAAUUACAGGAGAGGCUACAAGCCAUGCGUCUACACCUUCCUGGCCCCCCUGUAGACAGUGAUGAUGAGGAUGACGGGGAAGCUGCACAAAGCUCUAUUCCAAUGGACGCAGAUCAUGUGGAAUUAGUGAAACGCGCUAUGGCCGCAGUGAAGUUGCCAUCUUUGUCCGUUCCUCCCUGGGCGCAGCAGAUUUCGGAUGCGGAUUGGGAGCACCUUGUCCAUCAGACCAUUCAGUCCCGCGCUUCAGGACCCCAACCGUACAAGAAAUGAGAACCCGGGAGAAUAGCUGAAUGUCUGGACUUUAUACAUGUUUUGUGUAUGUACAGUAUAUGUGUAUGUAAAUAUAAUGCAGAUCUGGAUAAAGAUCUAAAACGCUGA